UUGGAUAUUCUAAUAUCCGGGCAAUUUAGUCGCAACAUGGACGAAUGUGUAAAUAAUUCAAAACAAACAACUUGUAGCACGGAUAGUAUCAAAGAACAAGAAGCAAUCGCAGAUUCGAGUGGUGUAUUACCCAAUGUAAAUUAUAUGCCACAAAGUGAUCAGGAUGUCAAAGCAUUUUCCAAAAAGGCAACCAUAGAAAAACGUCAAAAUCUCCCCGGUAAUCACAACGUGCAUGUUACCAUGUCCGAUCAAAUUAAAGAGACACAGUAUUCUAAAAAGCACAAACUUUCACCACCAGGUAUACAGACAGUUAAUGUUGAGAAUCCUGAUAAUCCUGAAAUAGGUAAAAGGCGACGUAUUCAACAUGAUUACAGACGUUUGUCAAGUUCUGGUUAUCUGGAUGAUUAUGAAACGGGUAGAGAACGAAGAUUUUCAUCAGACUCUGAUGCAACGUCUGCCUCUCCCAGUCCUAACAAGGCUAAGGCUGUAUUGACGCAAGGGAAAGAGUGUGCAGCACUGCAAGAGAAAGAGAACACAGAAGGAGAUGCUUUGCCGCGAGUCAAGCUAACGUUGAAGCUUUCCAAGACAGAAAAUGGCUCUUUUGUCAAUGGAAGUGUUGAAGCUAACUCAGAGCUGACUCAUGAUGGAGCUGAAGAUGGCACUAAGGAUCACAAAAAGCACAAGUCGUCUGACCAAAAUGGCCACCACUCUCAGCACAAGGAAAAAUCUCAUCAUCACAAACACCACCAUAGCAAGCAUGCUGGCAAAAGUGACACUAACAGCAACUCUCAGGCACCUAAUGGCCUGUCAGAAAAUAGUUCCAUUAAACAGAGAACUGACAGCAAAUCUCAAGCAUGUGAUGGCCCUGAAGAAAUAAGAAAGAUAAAACAGAAGACUGACAGCAACCAUCAGACACAUGAUGGUCAUGCAGAAAGUGGUACCAUUAAAAAGGGGACAGCCUCUUAUGACAACAAAAAAACAAUUUUAAGCCAUGAGCAAAACAUGCUUGAUGCUAAAAGUGAUAAAAAUGUAAUAAUAACUGGUGAUAAAUAUGAUAGUGCUCUGAACGUUGCAAGUCUUAUGAUCUCUGAAUCUGAGCAUAAAACUGCCAAUAAACUUGAGGAUAAGUGCUCUAAGUAUGAACAAAUAGGCAAAAGUUCUGUUGAAAUGAGCUCUAACCAUGAACAAAUAGGCAAAAGUUCUGUUGAAAGGAGCUCUAACCAUGAACAAAUAAGCAAAAGUUCUGUUGAAAGGAGCUCUAACCUUGAACAAAUAGGCAAAAGUUCUGUUGAAAAGAGCUCUAACCAUGAACAAAUUGGCAAAAGCUCUGUUGAAAAGUCUAUAGUUGAAAUGUCAUCUGACUCAACAAAACCAAAACCUGAAACUGCAAAAAGUGUUUCUGUAAAGUAUGACGAUCCUUUGAAAAUGAUGGCAGUAAAGGAAAAACAGAAAGAAGAUUCUUCAAGGAUUAAGUCCAGUUCACAUAGUAACAAACAUCAUAGGCAUGGUAAAGAAAGGCCAGAAGGGCACUCCAGCAAGUCAGUUUCCCAUCCAAGAUCAGAACACAAGACCAGUGAUGGGAAAGUAGUUGCAUCUGCGGAAAAGAAAGAAUUAAAAGAUGGCAGCUUUGACAGAUCUCAGGACAGUAACACAAAAUCUCAGAAAAGUACCCAUACAUCAUCAACAGAUAAUAAAUCCGGUUCCACCAAAAGUGACAUUGGCAAGUCAGACAGUGUUUCAAAGACUUCAAGCCAGUCAUCUUCAAAGUCUGAGCACAAGCACCAUACACCUAGCAAAUCAUCCAAAACAGAUCAUAAUUCCCAUGACAGGACAAAGUCUCAUUCUCAUGAAUCCCAUAGCGAGAAAAGGUCAUCUGAAGCAACAUCGGGUGAAAAAUCUCGCAGUCAUCACAGGAAGAAACGCAUAGUUAACUGUGGCGUUCAGGUAAACAUGAACAAACGCAGAAUGGAAAACAAAGAAACUCAGAUAUCUGGUGAAUUAGAUACUGAAAAGCAGUACUCAUCAGAUGAUUCCUUAAAAUUUUCAGACAAAAAACAACAAAGGAUUGCAUAUAUUCAGGAAAAUAUUUCUAAUACUGAGCAGCAAAAACUGUAUGCCAUAAAGCAUAAUAAAUGGACACCUAAGAAGCGUUCUUCUGCUGACACCCCUGAGAAAUCUGUUGUUGAGUUCCAUCAUGACAUCUCCACAAAAUCUCUUGAGAACAAACACUAUACGGGUACCACCGAGGCAUUAGAUAAGUGCAAGUUUAAGUCCUUGUUUCAUGUUGAGCAAUAUUCCAACGGUGGAGGACUUGUGUGUCAUGCAUAUCAAGAGGAAAUUAAUAAAUUAUCAGAUACUGAAAAAUCCGAGUUUGCCAGAGAGUUCUUGGAUUUUGUUUAUGGGGAACCCACAACAGGUGUUGCCAACUGUGUAAUGGGUAUUGUCCAUGAGGCACUAGCUGAAAUGCCAGAUCUGGUGGAGCUUUUGGCAGACAAAUACCCACACUUGACCAUCAAGGCAGGUGUUCUUGGCAAGAGUGACAUUGAGACUAUGUCGAUGGAGAAGUAUCGUGAGCAGCUGCAUAAGAGCUACCAGUCAGGUACAUUCCGGUGUGGACCGCUGUUACAGGUCAGCCUGGUUGGGACAGCGCAGGAGGAGGUCGGCGACUACUUCCCAGAGAUUCUAAACUUGUUCGAACAGGAUCCUUUCUUGAAUCUUGUAAUGCCUUGGGGAGAAUUGUCUUCGGUGAGAAUGGCCUCUCGUAACCUGAGCAACGAUGGUCCAAUAAUGUGGACAAGACCAGGGGAGCAAGUAAUACCAACAGCUGACAUGCCGAAAUCGCCUUUCAAGAGAAAAAGGGGAAUGAAUGAGCUGAAGAACCUUCAGUACUUGCCACGUGUCUCGGAACCCAGAGAGACGCUGAUAGAGGAUCGAACACGCUGCCAUGCCGACCAUGUAGGUCAUGGGUUUGACAGACACACAACAGGCGCAGUGGGAAUGCUGAAAGCAGUCACUUGUGGCCAGAAACCAGUUCAGGACCGUAUAGUUAAGGAUGUGAUCUGUUUCCAUCCCAGGGACUUCAUGGCCCUGGUGGACAAGCUACAGUUGGAUUUACACGAACCACCUGUCUCACAGUGUGUGGCGUGGCUGGAAGACGCCAAGUUGAACUGCCUGCACCGAGAGGGCAUCCGGUACGCCAGGAUCCAGCUACGUGACAACGACAUCUACUUCAUCCCCCGCAAUGUGAUCCAUCAGUUCAAGACUGUUUCCGCGGUGACCAGUGUGGCGUGGCAUGUUAGACUCAAGCGCUACUACGCAGAGCCUGAUAGUGAGAUGAUGGAGCAGCAUAAGAGGUUGGAGGCGGAAAUGGCCUUGAGUAGAACAAAGGAGCUGGAAGAUCUGGCCCGGAAGGAGAAGGAGCGCAAGGAAGCAGCCAUCGUGGCGCGAGAACGACGUCUAGAGAAACAGCGGGCUAGAAUGGAGGAGGAGGCCACAAUGAAGAGGCUCCAGGGAGACAGCACUCCAAUAAAGAUGGACGAUUCUGAUAGUGGUAGUUCACAUGCCUGGGACAGUGAAAAUCUUGAUCUUAAACAUUCUGUUAAACAUGAGGGGUGUUUUGAGUCUGAUUUUGAAAAGGUGAGCACGGGUGAGAAAAAUGAGUCAUCUGUUGUGGAGAUACUGAAGACUCCUGUCAAGUUCCAGGAACUGAUUGGCUCUUGUGUUGCAGAGGAGGAAGUCACCCCCAAGAAACAGAUAAUGGCAUCCAUGAAUACUAAAACUGAAAAACACUGUGUGGAUACUCAAGGGGGUAAAACAAAGGAGGAUAAACAUGACAGUGAAAAAACAGGGGUUGUGCACAAUGAGGAUGAAACAGGUGUAAGCAUGACAGAAAAUCUAAGUGUGGCUUGUGUACAAGUUAUUUCAAAGGAAAGCGUCACUAGUAAGGCAGCUCAUUCUCAUGAAUCUCCCAGGGAUGUUGAAGAUCUUGGCCUGAACAUUGACAACACUGAAAUGUCCAAUAGUGCAGCAGUUGCUGUUCAACAAGUGAAUACUGUUGGCAAUGAAAACGAUCCAUCGCUCUCAGAGACAGUGGAAGAAAUGAGUGAGGCAAUUAUUCCCUCAGAAGACACUGUGGAUGACAAGGGAGAUCAUCCUUGCCUAGAUCAUAAGGGAGACAACUCUGCCAGUGGUCACUAGCCAUAUAUGAACAGAGUUAUUGGUCAGGAAGACUCCAUUCAUACAAAGUUUUAUUGUUGAUUGUUUGGUCUGUCAUUGGGAUUGUUUAUGUGGGUCUCUGAUAAUUUUAGAAUUUAAGUGUAUUAUAUGAUAAAAAUUGCUAUUAUAGAGACGAUUAAAUCCAGCCUUUAUUAAAACUCUUGUACAUGUAUAUUUUGUAAAAAUAUUUUGAUUUUGUGUACACACUGCUUAUGUUUAAAUAUCAUAUAAUGUGGGAAUUUGUAUUAUAGUGUUUUCAUUGAGAAAAUUCUCACUAACGUGCUUGCUAUGAAGAAAUAGUUAUAGAUGAAAACAUUUAUUUUUGACUUGAUGGCACCCUUGCAAAAUGUGUGUACCAUUGAGGACAUUUUAUUUCAUCCUUGUUUUUGUUUCUACAAAUGUGGAAGACUUUUAAUGCUUGGUGCAUUCUCAAUAUAGGUACAUUUUAUGUGCAGAUACACAUUACAACAUCUGUUUUACAUGUGUGUAUAAAAUGGCAUUUUACUUGUUUGUAGUGUGUUUUCAUAUUUUAAAUUUUAGUUUAAAUUGAUAUAUUUAAUAAUAUAUGUCAUAAAAGGGAAAUAACUAUCCAUCUAUAUAUGCACAUUUUCAAACAUGUAAACGGAUUUAAACUUCAAACCUACAUUUGAUUGUUUUAUUUGGCAGCAGUAUAUGUUUGUUUGCCUUUCUUAACAAGUAUUGAUAUGCUUAAAAUACUUACUCUAGUUUCACCUUUACAUUUGAGGAAGUUUCCUAAUUUAUUAUGAUGUAAUGCUUAUAUUUGUUUCCUGAAAAAGAUUACUAUCUUGUAUUGUACCAAAGUGUGGAUUUCUAUCAAUAUGUCUGUUACUUAUGUUGUUACUAUGAUUUGUUGAAUAUGUUUGACUUUUGAUAAGCCCGAAUGGAAUGAAGUGGCAUGUAGUGAUCGCAUUGUUUGUCUGUCCAGCUUCUUGUACAGAGCAUAUGAGCUGCGUUCUGAGAAGACUGGGCAUAAUGCAUGUGCGUAAAGUGUCGUCCCAGAUUAGCCUGUGCAGUCCGCACAGACUAAUCAGGGACGACACUUUCAGCUUAUAUGACAUUUAUCGUUUAAAGGAAGUUUCUUUUUAGCAAAAAUCCAAUUUAGACGGAAACUUUACGCACAUGAAUUAUGCCCAGUUUUCUCAGAACACGACUCAUAUUCUCCAAAUGACUAAGGGAUUUAAAUGAUACUAAAUAUAAUGAUAUAGGUGCUUUUGAGAGGAAGUGCCAAGUAUGAGGAACAUAAGUCUGUCUUAAAUAGGUGAUAUCAGAAAUUAAGCGACACAAUUUUAUAGAGCACAUUUAUUGAUCUUUUGAAGACAAUAAAUAUAAUUUCAAAAGAUUUUUGUCAACAAUUGGAUUGUUGAAGUUCACAACACACCUUCGAGGGCAUUUGUUGCUAACAGUGACAAGAGUUGUUUUCUCCAUGUUUAAGUGAAUAAAACAGAUAAUUGUU